UUUAACCUUGUCAGCUCGGGGGAUCCAAUCUUGCAUUGAUUACAUUGCACUCCACGAGGAGCCUGCCUGUUAACGAAUGCAGUAAGCUAAGACUUUCCUAAUGGGUAGCAGAAGGUGGAGGUGAAGUUCAAACUAAGGAAAGGCCGUCCGGCACCGAAGCCAAAGUCUCGUCUCCCCAAUGGUGAGGAGGACUGUCAGGCCUUCCUGAGCACCCGCUGGUUCCCCAAGGAGCCCAUCGAGAGGGAUCGUUCCAGCUCCCCACCCCUCAAAGCCCGGCCCCAGCAUUGGGUCUCUCCUCCCUGGGCCAUGGGGAAGACUGCCACUGUCCCUGCUGCUCCGAGCCCAGCCUGACUGCUCGCUGGGCCACCACACAGGCUCCAGCUGACGACUGAGCCAGCCGUCAGUUUCAAAUGGCCGUCCUGGCCUGUUGCAAGAGCAUUAUUGCCAAGAUGGCUGCCAAACUGGCUAGCUCUUCCCCCUAAAGACCCUCUCGCCCCAACCCUAUAGCUCCAGGACCUGGUGGCAUGGCCAUGUCAGGUCUGGAGCUAAGGCUAGGGAAGGCUGCAGGUACCUGGAAAGUCCUGGAAGCUGGUUUGGCGUUCGUGGCCUCCAAGUCCUCUCUGGAUCAGGGGUCCCUGAGGGCCAGGUUUCUGGGGGCUAAAGCUCUGGCCUCCUGUCUGGCCUCCUCUGCGUCCUCUUCCUCCCAGUCUGCCCCGGCCAGGAGAGGCAGGCCAGAAGACAGCAGCCUGGACAGGGAUAGGACACAGUGAGGAGCCAGAGCGGAUGAAGACCAUUCAAGAGGUGGAUGCUGUUGGACGCCCCAGACAUAUAUUUUGAGGUCCUGAGGAGGGACCUGUGUGGUGACAGAGAGCGAGACUGUCUGUCUAAGCUGAGGAGUGGGGGGCACACAGGGAGGGUCCUGCAAGCCCAGGCCCACCUCUCUCGCUCUAACACUGGACCAGAUGGUCUCUCUGUGGAGGCAGUGCAGUCUCUGCUUCACUCCGCCUGGUUGGCUCUACAGCAUUUCCCCCCACCCAACCUCUACCCCGCCUCUGUGGUCUACUGGCCCUGUCACUGGGGCAAAGGGAUCCCGUCCCCAUGGCAAUCCUCCAUGCCUAAUCCCUAGGCAUAACCACCCGCCAUCACAUGACACGAUACCUGGCCAAUCGCCUCAUCACCCGAUCAGCUGGCUGGUGCAGGAGAUGGCUAGUGUUCAGAAGAAGCAGAAGGCUGUGAGCUGUGUGUCAGAGAAGGCCAAGUUGUGGGACAGGAGGAGGGCCCUGAACACACAGAUGGAGAGGCUGCUGGAGGAGAUGGAGGGGUUGCUGGGCUGCUGGCGGGGGCUCCUCCUACCCCUGACCUGUGACCAUGAGCUGUCUGUCCAGGUCAAACGCCUUCAGAAGACCCUCACUGCCUGGGGUGCACUGACCUCGGAGGAGAUGCUCAAGGCUGUGCUGUCUGCCUCUCCUCUGCUCUCCCAGUCCCAGCUGCAGUGGUUUGCCCAGGGAGUGUGUGGAGCAGAGGAAGGAGUGUUUGGACCUUCUGCAGACAACUGCGGCUGUACUGGCAGAGAGGCCCGAGUCCACAAGGACACGUGGUGCUCAUCUUGGACAGGAUGGGAGUCUCUCACACUUGCACCCUACACUCAAAUCGCCUCUAAUGUGCAAGAUCAACGUACAAAGCGAAACGAUGCACUUUCUUUGUGUAGAGGAGAUUUGAGGAAAGUCUACUGUGGUAUGAAUACAUUGCCUAUGAGUGUGACUGCUGUGAUAACGCCCAGUGAAAUGUUUGUCUUGUCCUAUCUUGCAGUACCUCCAGAAGCUGCCACGGGAGAGCAUCUCCUGCCUCAGGCCUCGCUCUGUCACCCACAUGCCCUCUCCACACUCACUACUUGGCCACUGUGCUCUAAGAGAGUCUGACCGGGAAUCUCCUGAAGGGAGGUGUGGACCCCAAGCAGGUGUUCUACGUGCUCAACCUUGAUGACAACUUGUGGUUCACCAGCAUCCCUCUCUCUCUCUCUGUGUGGGGUGGCUCCUGACCCAGAUCUACUGCAGGAGGCUGUGACUGCCAAAGACCUUUACAUAGGCCUUUUACGGUUCCUGGACUGGCAGAGGAUCCUGAAGGAGAUGAGAGAUGCCUCUAUGCUCUUUGGCUGGCAGUAUCAUCCUCAACUACCUCAUGGCUGGCUGGAAAGACUGGCACACACAGACCUAAAAAGGUCAAGAGAUAAAACAGGCUUUCAUCAUUUUUUCAGAAAUCAUUGCAAAGGAGGGCAUUUAUUGUAUUCUGUUUUACUGCGAUACACUGACCCCAAAAAAUCCUAGAUUAACUUGCCUGUCUGUGUGUGAUUUUGCCUGUCUGUGUGUGAUUUUGACAUGUAGCCCAUUGGUUCUGGGGAGCCUGUGGGAUGUGAUGGACCGAGACAUUUACAGCUUCACCAAGGUUCUGCUGGAGUCCUAGCUGUCUGCAAGUCCCGGGGCUCCACUCCUGGACCACAUGGGGCGGCAAGUAGCCUAGUGGUUAGAGCGUUGGACCAGUAACCGAAAGAUUGCUAGAUCGAAUCCCUGACCUAACAAGGUAAAAAUCUGUUGUUCUGCCCCGAACAAGGCAGCCCACUGUUCCUAGGCCAUCAUUGUAAAUAAGAAUUUGUUCUUCACUGAUUUGCCUAGUUAAAUAAAAACAUGGCCCUGUCCCGACAGGCCUCAAGCACCUGUGGUCUACAGACUCCCCAUCUACCUGCGAAAGGACAUCCCCAAACACACAAAGUUUAAUGAAUUUAGUAACACCACUGAUCCAAAGCCACUGAUCCCCAAAACAUGAAUUGGAGGAUGUGAUUUUAGACUUGCUUGUGUGUGUUAUCUGCUAAGGCUGCCUUCUUAAAUGUAAACAAUGUUGUAUCCUUUGAUUUUCCUUUUUGAAUGCUAGUGAAAUGUGUACAUAAAUGUAUUAAUAAAUGCUUGACAAUAAAAAUGCAGUAUAUUU